AGGGGGUGGGGUGGGGGUAUCAUCUCCCCGGGGAGCACUAUAGGGCGUACCGCGCGCCUAUCUCCACAGUUGAGGGGCGUAACAUCGUGUCGGGCUCAGUUUACUCGUUUACUGUAAGGCCGCCGCCACGCAGCACACCACCAUCACAACAUGCAGUCAUGGGCGCUUAUUCUCCUCUUCGCCACUGCGACAAUAAGUGCUGCGAAUUGCCCGUCCGGUACUACAGUGGCGAGGAAUGGGAAAGCGAGGCUUCACACAGACCUUCUCUGUGGAUACGAUACCAAAAUCCAGCCGGAAAGGACAAUGAACAUCUCCAUGGACAUGUACGUCCGAAGUGCUACUGUGGUUCACCGUACUCUUGAAAUGAAAGUGUUGUUGCACUUGAGGUGGAAAGACAAAUUUCUCGCGUGGGACCCAUUGGCGUACGAUGGCAUCAAGGAAAUUCAGCUCAAUUCUGAUAAAAUAUGGACUCCAGCGCUGGCCGUCAUCUCCACUCUCCCGUGGAUAAGGGAGGACGGCGAGGCCCAGAAGGAACUGUGGCCCGCGGUGUGUCGGGUCUCGUCCGACGGCCUCGUUGUGUGCAGCGGCGCCCCGGACGUCGGCGGCACCUGCGCCGUCUCGUUUGUCCACUGGCCGCACGUCCAGGCCUUGUGCGCCACCUUCAUCGGCUCCGACGCCCGCACCAUCAAGAACAUCAUGCUAAACUACAAUGGUUUGUCGAAGAAUGAGCUAAGUAUGUAUGUGCCAGGCAACGACUGGGUGAUCACGAGUUGUGACCGAGAACUGUAUUACGAAGAAGAUUCAGCAAAUUUUCUCUAUAGGGUUGCCCUCCACUCUCGAGGGACUGUGCUUGUAACAGGUCUUUUAGGCCCAGCAAUAGCUUUGAGUUUUGUACUGCUUGGGACCUUUAUGCUGCCACCCACCAGCUAUGUAAGGCUUGGAUUGUGUUGCUGUGGCAUUUUUGGCACAGUACUGGCAUCAACCUUGUUAUUUGAAUCUCUACCGGAGUAUGAUGGGCCAGAUCCUGUCCUGGCAAAAUUUUAUUCAGGUUUGCUGCUAUUAUCUGCCACUGCCACAAUUAUGACACUACUUCUUAACAUUGUGGUUCCACUCAAAAGCAAACCACCAGUUGCACCUCGUUGGCUGUACUCUUUCCAAACAUGGCUAAUGAGAUCCGUAACUGGCAAAAUAUGGCUAAAAAUAUUAUUUAUGGUUCCACUACAAAUGAAUUUUUGUCACGAAAUUGAGCUGAUGCCUACAUUGCACAUGCAGACAGACAACUUGGCUGACCGAGUCAACAACGGACUAGACAAUCAAGAAAAUCUUCAGCAGUCUGAUGAUAGUUCACAGCUUCAUGAAAAACCAGCUCCCCUAAACUUAGGUCCACAAAGAAUUUGGGAGUUCUUUGCAUCUUUCACAAAUCGAUGUAUGUUCUUAAUCUAUCUCUUAUCAUGCCUGACACUUUGUUUGCACCUUGGCUACAGCUUGGCAGUUUAUUGGGACAUAGAUAUGGAAGAAUUUUGGUAAAAUCG